GAGUCUCCUAAAGCGCGUUCACGGAGAGAAAGGGAGCGCGCAGCUCGUUUUACACGGUGUAGGGCAGCAGCGGUACUGUUGAUAGAGAGCGCGGUUAUAUACUCGCACUUCUCUCACAAAGGUAGCGCGAAGUUUCCUUCUUCCUCAGUGGAAAACGGGUUAGAUUAGCUGUUUUCUGGUGUGGGACUCUAUCUCUGUGGAGUUUAAAACAGCCUGUCUUCGAGUUAAAGGCGAAGAAUCACCAUCAUGUCGGCGUCUGCGGCGAAAGUCAGUAGAAAGGAGCAGAACUCGAAUCAUGACGGAGCGGACGAGACCUCGGAAAAAGAACAACAAGAAGCUAUUGAACACAUUGAUGAAGUACAGAAUGAAAUUGACAGAUUGAACGAACAAGCAAGUGAGGAAAUUUUAAAAGUAGAGCAGAAAUACAAUAAGCUACGCCAGCCAUUCUUCCAGAAGAGAUCAGAACUCAUAGCCAAAAUUCCAAACUUCUGGGUCACAACAUUUGUCAACCAUCCACAAGUGUCAGCCUUGCUUGGGGAGGAGGAUGAGGAAGCACUUCACUACCUGACUAGAGUCGAGGUUACAGAGUUCGAGGACAUCAAAUCAGGUUACAGAAUAGAUUUUUACUUUGAUGAAAAUCCCUACUUUGAAAACAAAGUCCUGUCAAAAGAAUUUCACUUGAAUGAAAGCGGAGAUCCAUCCUCAAAGUCUACUGAAAUUAAAUGGAAGGCUGGAAAGGACCUAACAAAGCGUGCAGGACAGACACAGAACAAGGCUGGAAAGAAGAGGCAACACGAGGAGCCAGAGAGUUUCUUCACCUGGUUCACCGAUCACUCCGAUGCAGGUGCAGAUGAACUUGGGGAAGUCAUCAAGGAUGAUAUCUGGCCCAACCCUCUGCAGUACUACUUGGUCCCAGAUAUGGAUGAUGAGGAAGGAGAGGGUGAAGAUGAGGAUGACGAGGAGGAGGAAGGACUAGAAGACAUUGAUGAGGAGGGAGAUGAAGAUGAGGGAGAGGAGGAUGAAGAGGAAGAUGAGGGCGAAGAUGGAGAGGAUGAUGGAGAGGAUGACUGAGAGCUGAAUAAGGACAUAUUCCCAUAUUUCAACAACAUCCAUACCUGUUCUUUCCUUUUGAAGUCAUCCUCCAACCUGAGGGAGCAAAAAGCUUUGUUUAUUUUGAUUUUUUUUGUGCUCCGUCUUCUGUUCUACUGAAGCCUCUCCUGUCCUUACCAUGUCUAAUGAGUUAAUUCCCUGGAUAUACCUGCAUUGGAAAACUAGUGGCAUCUCGUUGCUGAAGCCUCUUGCGUCAUCGACCAUUACACCAUCUCCAAAGACAAAUACAAGAUAUUAACAAUCUGCACGUCAUCCUUUGUAGACUAAACUCAAGUAAAUAGCAAUUUAUAUAUUAGUAUAUAAAUACGUUUUUUUUUCUGUGAAUGGUUGUGAAAUGAAAUAAUAAGCCAUGGUGCAGUGAUGACUUAAUCAUAGCAUACAUACUUAGCCACUUUUCUUCUUUUGUUAUGUACAUUUCCAGGGGUGGGCCCCAAAGAGUUGACACUGUUUUUCCUAUGUGAUUUAUUGGACAAAUGGAAAGCACCAGCUUGUUAUUGUCACCUCUUGUAAAUGUCAAUUUCAGGGUAUGACCGUUAUUGUAGGCAGUUAAAUGGGGUUGGGUGGGGCAAGUGGGCAUUUGACACAUCAACAUUUGGGUUUAUGUUGAUUGAAUUUUCAUUGUAAUGUUUUACAGACACCCAUGAGGUUUGAAAUUUACAUUUUUAAUAAAAAUAAAACACAAAAAAAAUCUUCCUUGUAAUUUUGAGCUUGGCUAAUCAAAGGAUUAUUUAAAUGAGAAUAAAUCAUAGAAUCUUACAAGAAAUGUACAGUUGGGUCUUUUAUCCACAUUUUUCUUAGACUUUUGGAAAUGUUUAGGUGUUUUGUAGAAGCGGAAUUUAGCAGCUAAAGACUUGAUUUUGCUGGUAUCUGGUUACAGAUGAUGUAAGUCCUAAACAUGCUCUAUACUAGUUACCCAGCUCUUAAUUAGACCAGCAUAUGAUUUGGUCAAAAUGUCAAUAUUGUGAUAUUGCAAUUUUGCAUUACAUUUUUUUUUUUUUAGCUAUUACCAAUUAUGUGGCAUCAAUUAUUGAUGUCUUUAUUAAAACAUGGGUGCUUCAUGACUCGCGCAUCCGCCAAUUAGAUGUGCUAAAGUUACUGCUUUAGUACUCCACAUGGUGGUGCUAAUCAAAUGAAAAGGGUGAACCUGCGGUGAAGAAUAUUGGUUGUUAAAUUCUGUAAAACUGACCCCAAUAAAUUAAUAAUUCCUGAUGCA